GGUUGAUGUCUUGUCAAACUAGCUGACUUCGUCUGUGUGACUCUCCUUCCUCCAAACUGUCGUAAGGACAGCCAGCUCGGCAAAAUUGUGGGCAUCGCAUCGCUACCUUCAUCCCCUUUUACCUGCAAAAUAAGGAUAAACAAUGGCUGCCAAAAUCAAAGCUGGGUCUGUGGUGGAAAUGCAGGGUGAUGAAAUGACCCGGGUCAUCUGGGAGCUUAUUAAACAGAAGCUCAUCUUCCCCUACUUGGAACUUGACUUGCACAGUUAUGACCUCGGAAUGGAGAACCGUGACGCUACGGACGACCAUGUGACGGUGGAGGCAGCUGAGGCGGUGCGGCGCUACAGCGUGGGCAUCAAGUGUGCCACCAUCACGCCAGAUGAGAAGCGGGUUGAUGAGUUCAAACUGAAGCAGAUGUGGCGCUCGCCCAACGGGACCAUUCGGAACAUACUGGGUGGCACCGUCUUCAGGGAAGCCAUCAUCUGCCGCAACAUCCCCCGCCUGGUUCCCGGCUGGGUCAAGCCCAUCAUCAUUGGCAGGCACGCCCAUGGAGAUCAGUACAAAGCCACCGACUUUGUGGUUCCCGGGCCGGGCAAAGUGGAGAUGAUCUACACGCCUGUGAGCGGAGACCAGGUCAAGUUCGUCGUCCACAAUUUUGAAGGCACUGGCGGCGUGGCAUUGGGGAUGUACAAUACGGACAAAUCCAUCAGGGACUUUGCGCACAGCUCCUUUCAAAUGGCUCUGGUGAAAUGCUGGCCUCUGUACCUCAGCACCAAGAACACCAUUUUGAAGAAGUACGAUGGACGAUUCAAGGACAUUUUCCAGGAGAUCUAUGAGAAGGAAUACCGUGCUCAGUUUGAGGCCAAAGGUAUUUGGUACGAGCACCGUCUGAUUGACGACAUGGUGGCCCAGGCAAUGAAGUCAGAUGGAGGCUUCAUUUGGGCCUGCAAGAACUACGAUGGAGAUGUACAAUCCGACUCAGUGGCUCAAGGCUACGGCUCCCUGGGAAUGAUGACCAGCGUGCUGAUCUGUCCCGACGGACGGACCGUGGAGUCGGAGGCGGCGCACGGCACAGUGACGCGCCAUUACCGGCAACAUCAGCAGGGAAAAGAGACCUCCACAAACCCCAUCGCUUCUAUCUUUGCGUGGACGCGGGGCCUCCUCCAUCGAGCGAAGCUGGACAACAACAUGGAGCUCCGCGUGUUCUCAGAAGCACUCGAGGCUGUUUGCGUGGAGACCAUCGAGGCGGGCUUCAUGACCAAGGAUUUGGCCAUCUGCAUCAAGGGGUUGUCAAGUGUGACGCGCAGUGACUACCUGAACACCUUCGAGUUCCUGGACAAGCUGGCAGAGAACCUGAAGGCCAAGCUAGCCAAUCAGCCCAAGUUGUGAUGCAUGUGAACGCAAAGCACACGCGCGCGCGCACACACACACACACACACACACACACCAAUAUACACUCACAGACAUUGCUGCUGCUUGAGGCUUGCUCGUCACACAGAAGCAAGCAAGACCGGGCCCUCAUGUCCAGCAGGCCUUUGGACAAGAAAUACAUUCAUGACUUCAAACAGGAAGUGUGAGUGGACUGAACUGUACUCAACCGAAGUACUAAUACUGGAAAUCUAGAGUGUCACUGUCCAAUAUACAACAGGCAUUUCCAAAUUUUGUGUGUUGUCUUUUAAUUUGAAAAAUAACAAAUAUUUUUAUGAUUGUGACUAAAAUAAAACAAAAAUGUGGAGCUCCAUGCUUUUUAUUGCACAGUGCCUGACUGACAAGUUCAAACCAAAUUGAGUUUUAAUAAUUCUGUUAAAUAAUAUUCAAAUGGUUUUGUUUCUCUCUCAAGUAGAAUUCAUUUACAAUAGUCUCCGUGUUACUGUUCGUAUUGUCUGUUUGCAUCUGUGUAACACUAUCCUGCCAUAGAAUAUAAAAUGUCAAUCUGAUGUUUUUUAUUUCAUGUUUCAUGAGAAAAUAAAUACAUAAGUGUUUUCAUUUACAA